UUUUUUUUUAUUUCGAAAAAAUCCGUGAUGAAAACAUAAUAGGGGUUAGCUAGCAGACGGUCGGCAUACAUUUGGAUCUGGAAUUUAAGUCUUGCUUUUCAGAUAAUUACAAUACAAGUGAGUGAAUAUUGAAUCCAAUUUAACUCUAAAAUAUUUUAUUGGCAGUAAAAUAUAUUGUACUGGCUUUUUUUAUUAUUCAGAUAUCAUACUUAUGCCGUGAGAGAUAAUAAAAUGUACGGUAACUUAUGUAUUCUGUAAGCUUUAAAUUUCCUGUUUUCUCUCAAUUUUAACAAUAAUAUUGUCGGUUUCCUUUAUCAUGUUUCUAUAAUACAGUAUGUUGGAAAAUCUUUAAUUUCUUAGUAGUGUUGACUAAUUCUCUUCUAAAUCAACAAUGAAUGAUUCUGGGAUAAGUGUUCCAGACAGGUGUGUGAUAAAUAUCAAAGACAUUCCUGGAAAGAUGUAUAGUGAAAUGAGCAGUGACGCAUAUAACUCCAACGAGUCUCACUCUCAGUCGAAUGAAAAUAAUGUAGAAGGUCAUGGUGCUAUAGUUGCUGCUCAUUACAAUACAAUUGAGGAAAAAGGACUUGAAGAAAGGAGAAAAAGUCGAAUUGUGUAUCUUAGGAAUUUCAAUAAUUGGAUUAAAAGCAUGCUUAUAGAUGAGUACUUGCAGGAAAUCAAAUACAAUAAAAAAUAUGGCGCCAAAUUGAAAGUGCUGGACAUGUGCUGCGGAAAAGGUGGUGAUCUAUUCAAAUGGCGGUCGGGCAAAAUCUCGCACCUUAUUUGUGCUGACUUGGCGGAAACAUCGGUCGAACAAUGUGAGAAGCGAUUCAAAGACCUGCAGGAGCGGGCCAUGAAUGAACCCCGUUGGUCGGAUCCCCUCUUCACAGCCGAGUUCAUCUCAGCCGACUGCACAAAGGUCCGUAUAAGACAGAAGUACCAGGACGUUACAACGGAACUGGAUCUGGUGAGCUGUCAGUUCUCGUUUCAUUACAGUUUCGAGUCGCUGUCUCAGGCAGAAUGCCUUCUGCGCAACGCCUCUGAGUGCCUGCAGCCUGGAGGCUACUUCAUAGGCACAAUGCCUGAUGCCUAUGAAAUUGUAUCAAGACUUGAAAAAAGUGAUGGCUUAUCAUUCGGCAAUGAAGUUUACAACAUCACUUUCGAAUCUAAAGAAACUCCGUUUCCAUUAUUUGGAGGAAAAUACAAUUUUCAUUUAGAAGGAGUUGUUGACUGUCCAGAGUUCCUAGUGCAUUUUCCCACGCUGGAAAAGUUAGCUCUAAAAUACGGCCUCGAAUUGAUUAGAAAUAACAAAUUCGAAGACUACUUCAAUAGUAAACGAAAAGAUCACACGGGAAGAAAUUUGCUUGCCAAGAUGCAGGCGUUAGAGACAUAUCCACCAGCCGAUAAAGAAACAAAGUUAAUUGGCAAUGAAGAGACUGACUACGAGCAUGCUAAAAAAUAUAUGAAAGAAAAUGAAAGGACGAGACAGAUUGGUACAUUAUCCCAUCCAGAAUGGGAAGCUGCAACUCUGUACCUAGUGUUUGCAUUCAGAAAAAUGGUUAAAUCGGUUUCCCAAAAUGACGAAGUUAUAUACACACCAUUUGUGCCUAAACCGAAAGAACGUGACGAUAAUGAGCAUGGAGAACCAAGGAGAAAGUACCAGAGAACAGACUAGUAUAACCUAUUUCUGUUGGCUUCGUUUCAUGUGUUUUAGACGUUGACAAACUGUGGUUUUGAUUUUUCAAUCAGGCUAAUUUCGUUUUGACGUUCCCUUGGAAAAUACUAAUUCUUAAAACUAACUGCGAACAAUUUAUUAUUGUUAUUAUCUUGUGAUUGUGUGGAUGGUGACUGGUAUAUUGAUAUUUCAAUUCUAAUUUAGGAUUUUAAACGUUUAUGCAAUUUUAUAUUAGUCUAUUAUAUACAUAGUAUUUGAAAACUGAAUCUCGAAUAUAAUUUCAAUUUGCAUACAGUUCUUUAAGGAUUAUUAUUUUAAUUCAUUUUUACAUUUUAUAAUUCAAAUAUGACAUAAAACUAAAGUCAUGCCACAUUAAUAAUAUUGUUUUGACAUAUUGGUAAUGAGAUCCUUAUUGUUACUACCAUUUCACCUUGAUGGGAAACAUAAUGACCCUGGAAUACACUGAGUGAUUUCUGAAUUACCGUGACUUUUUAUAAUAGGAUGACUUUUUUUGUUGACGUGGCAGACUUUGCACCAAAAUGUCCACUUGACCUGUAAAGGCGAAAUAAUGGUCACCCAGUGAAGCACAUACAUGACUUUGACAUUACGACUGUUUACGUUAGAGUUGAUCAUACACUUUACAUGUUGGAAUAUUUUAAUGAUUUCAUUUAUUCAUAUGCAAUUACUCACCUACCUACUAGUAGGCUUUCAAAGCAAAAUGUUCAGUUAAAUAUCAUAUGAUUUAAAUAAAUCAUUAGCUUCGCUUCAGACGACUGAUAUACUUACAGACUUACCAGUUUCUUAUUCAUGAGUGUGAAUUUGAUCAAACAUUUUCAUUUCAAUCAUUCUAGGAUAUUAUUCUAUUAUAUAUGUCAAGAUAUUUAAAACAAGUAUGAAAUAUUCAUAGUACAGUAUUUUCAUCCUUGUUUAUUCCUAUGAAUUUUCAUUUCUCGCAAAGAUAAAUAUUUCUCCGUACAUGCAUCUAUAUUGAUUUGAAAAGGUAUUUUUGUAGAUAAUAAUAAUAUCGAGUGACCUGGCUUGCUCAGAUCCGGUGUCAGAGUUUUCGGGUCGCAACUGAUCAAUUUCAGGGCCUCUAACAUGACCUAACGACUGCUGUUUUAGGCAGCCGGGAUCGGACGACUUAACGUGUCCAUUCGGAACACGGGAGUGGCCCGAGAAAAAUAUCUUGCGCGGGCUGGGAUUCGAAACGGGCCUAUAUCCCUUUAGUCCUGUAGAUAAUAUUGUGGUAAAUAUCCUCAUUGAAUAAGACAGCUUAGUUUUAUUAUACUGAUUGAAAUUUUUAUUGAAAUAGUAAACUCAGUUUACUAGAGAAUGAUAAUAGCGUAAUAACAGAAACUAGUUUCUUGAUGUUUUAGUAAAUAAGUGCUCAUUUAUAACUAUUUCAAGACGUUCAUUCAAAAUGGUCAUUUACCUCCUUUUAUAUCUAACCAUCAUUCACCAUAUAACGGUAUAAGAUAUUUUCUCUGUAUUUUCUUCUAUUGAAAAACUAUUUUCUUUCUUAUCAAAAUUGUGAUAUUAUGUAUUUCAAUUGGUAGUCUUACGAGCCCUUGUUACAUUCUAUAGAGUUAUACAUCACCGAAAGCAAAAAUAUAAUUCAACAAUUAGGUAUCUGCCUUUUAUCGUUACUGUAAUAAAUUUGAAAUAUUGAAAUUCUAUCUGAUUAUAUUCAUUAUGAUGCAUAUUAAAUUAUGUUUCAAUUUAUUGUUUA